AGAAAAACAAAACAAACCCGAUAGAGCUGCGGCAGCGUGUAGACUCCAUUGAAAAGUGGGCCUUAUUACCUCCAACUCGACAGCACACAGAGGUCCCGGGCGAGGAGAGGCGCGUGAGGGGACUUUCCUUGAGACCUACAGCACACAGAGAGCCACAGCAGACCAGACCAGGUAGAGCCCAGUUACUGACUCCCUCUCCCCACCCCCAUCCCCCUUCCAGCCUCAGAGGCUGCAUCCACCAACUCGCCGCAAUCGUCACACUCAGCAGUAAUUUACUGUGCUGAUCAGACAAAGUCACGCCACUGGGACUGGACAGGAGACCCAGAGGUUCCCCCCGCUGGAGCUCUAAGCUGUGCCUGGCAAUGCCUCAGCCCAGCGUCAGUGGGAUGGAGCCUCCCUUUGGGGACGCCUUUCAGAACUACUCAUUUGCUGACCAGGCUUUGACCAGCACUGAGCUACUUGCCACCAGCUCUGACCCAGACUUCAUGUACGAACUGGAUAGGGACAUGAGCCACCGACAGAGUCCCUGUGGGGACAGUGUAGUGGGGGCCGGUGAUGGAGGAAAGGAGGUUGAGGGCAGCAUGGAUCAGCUCAUGGGUUUCGGCGAGACUGAGACGGUGUGCAGCAGCUCAGCGUUUGAACAGUGGGACUCCUACUGGGAAGACCUCACCAGAUACACACGGCUGGCCAGCUGUGAUAUCUGGGGAACUAAAGAGGUGGAUUUCCUUGGAUUGGAUGAUUUUUCUAGUCCCUACCAGGAUGAGGAGGUGAUCAGUCGAACCCCGACCCUGGCUCAACUCAAUAGUGAGGAUUCUCAGCCUGUGUCUGAGACCCUCUACCCCCCUGCUGCCGACCUGACCCUGCCCACCCCCCAGCUUCAGACUCAGCCCUCCCAGUUUCCUUGGCACAGUAAGAGAGCCAUGCACCCAGGCCAAGGAUCUGGCCCUGGCUCUGUACGGCCCUCCCAAAGCUCCACAUCUGGUUCUCGUCCCUCCCGCAGUCUUCUCCCAGACUUCCCUGAAGGCUCCCAAAAAGCCACCAGGCCUGUGCCCUCCAGCACUGAAACUGUGGCUAAGAACCAGAACCAUCUAAGUCUCACCCAGAACCACAGCCAGGCUCAAAGCAAGACCCCAGUGCGAGGAACCAAGAUGCUUGCUCCAUCAUCCCAUGGUUCUGACUUCGUUCGGAAAGCUAAAGUUCGUGUGAGUGCCGUGCAAAAGGCUCAGCCAACCCUUCCCAUCCAGCCAGAUCCAAAGUCAGUUCCACCUCUACCUCUCUCCCAGCCCCAAGACGAAAAGGCUUCCACUUCAGCUUGUGCUACAUUAGUGGGAUUUCCUGGUGCUGCAGCCGGUGGCUCUGGCACCCUGACAAGCUUUGAGAGGAGGGCAGAGGGGACAGGAAAGAAAGAGAUGCCUGUUGGCUGGUCCUCCUCUGUGCCUCAACUAGUGGAGACAAACCAGGCCCUGGAGGGCAGCACCUCUGGGCUGGUGAGUAGUGGUGAAACUGUGGCAGUGGCUAGCAGCAGCAGUCCUGGUGUUCUGGUUGUCGAGGGCGCUGUGGAGAAAAGCAAGGAGGAGGAACACAACUACUCGCUGUUCCUGACCCGCACCCAACAGGCCGGCAGAACCCAUGCCCUGCUGGACGAGGAUGAGGAAGAGGAGGAUGAGGAAGAGGCAGAUGAGGAGGAGGAAGCUGAUGGACUGGAACUAGACGACGAAGACCACGAUGAAGGAUUUGGCAGUGAGCAUGAGCUUUCUGAGAAUGAAGAGGAGGAGGAGGAGGAGGAAGAGGAGGAGGAUGAUGACUAUGAAGCAGACAAGGACGACGACAUGAGUGAUGCCUUUUCUGAACCAGGCUGUGACAUGGAGCUGAUGGAAGACAUUAAAGGCCUGACAGCAGGAGUCUCUACCCGGAAAAGAGGCAAGCGUCGCUACUUUUGGGAGUACAGCGAACAGCUCACCCCCUCCAAACAGGAACGUAUGCUAAAGCCUUCUGAGUGGGACAGACACACGCUGCCUAGCAACCUGUACCAGAAGAAUGGGCCUCUCCAUGGAAAGUACAUGUUGAAAAAGUCGCGUCGCACAGAUGUGGAAGACCUGACUCCCAAUCCGCGAAAGUUGCUGCAGAUCGGCACCGAGCUCCGCAAACUGAACAAGGUGAUCAGCGACUUGACGCCGGUGAGCGAGCUGCCGCUGACUGCACGGCCGCGCUCCCGCAAGGAGAAGAACAAGCUGGCAUCCAGAGCUUGUCGUUUGAAAAAGAAAGCCCAGUACGAAGCCAACAAGGUGAAACUCUGGGGACUCAGUACAGAAUACGAUCGGCUGCUCUUUGUGAUCAAUACUAUCAAGGAGGAGAUUGUGGCACGAGUCGAGGACUCUACUCCCCGGCCGACCAACAUGACUGACACUCUGGAGCGGCUCAUCCAGGAGACACUUGUGGCAUCACCUGUUGCUGGGGAGACGUCAGACUUUGUCAACAAGAUCUUGGAGAACACAGGAAGCGGCGACCCCACUGGAGGACUUGUGGGACUGCGAGUGCCCACUUCCAAAAUCUAGACAAGCCGCUGUCCACCGAGAGGAGUGGACUCAAUAUUACCACCGUGCUGUCCCAUUGUAACUAUGCUCCCCUCUGCAUGCCCCUCCAACCCCGCACACAUGUACACAUUCUUAGUCACACAAACACACAUACCACAUGUUGUGUGUAUGUAUGUGUGCUUGUUAACAGCCAUGCACCUGUAUGGCCCAUACAACGUAGCUUCCUGCCUCUGCAUUCUGCACGCAGAGUCGGCCCGUCACCGUUUCCCCAACCCAUCAUUAGCAUCUGUUGGGAAACGCGCCUCUCAAAGCAAACAAUGGUCGGGUGUAUAGCUAAUAGCACGUCCUAAAUCCACUGGUGAUUCUUAGAUGUGUUUAACAUAGCAUUGCGUUGGGUUGGUUGAGUCGGAGGUUCACUUCCAGGGCUGAGACAGAGACAGUCACACGAGUGCAACCACUGGAAUACUGAUGAUGGAGGAAGAGCUGUUACACCAUCAAAGGUUGAAAAGGGUUCCGGGUAUCAUUUCCUCGAAGAGCUUCACUUCACAUGGCAACGAAAGCGAAACGUGGGAUGUUCAAAAUUGACCCACCGAUAAAAGCACUUCACUGAGAAAAAAAAAAAGAAAAAAGCUUUGGUUGCAAAGACAGCUGCAGAGGGAAAAAAAAAUUCUGCAUGUUCUGAGGCCUUAUGGGGUGGCAGGAAAUAUUUUGUAUUGAAGGCCUAAAUAUGUUCCUGCCAUCCCCUGUUUGCCAAUCAGCUUGUUGAAAUGUGGGCGUUAUCUCCUCACAAAUUAAUGCCACAAACAAAACAACGACAACAAAAAAGCACUUGCUGAAGCUGAAAGUUAAAAAGGAGAAACUACAGUAUGUGGCAUCCUGCUGGGUUGGUGACUCAGUUGUUGACCAUGUGGAGAGGAAGCACAUGUAGUUUGGUGCUUAUUUUGGCCUUGUGCUGGUUAUGACUGGACUGGGACUGGGAGUGGACUGUGAGGAAGAUCAUGGUGGUGAUGAAGAAGACACGGACAGUGAUCCAUCUCCUCCAACAGUCUCACACACACAUGUACAUAGAGGUGUCUCCCAGUGAAAAGCAGCACCGGCUCCCCUUUUUUUUGUACAGUAGAGGUGACCAGGCUAACAGUUUGGUGUGUUCAUACUAGUGUUUGAUCAAAGUUCUAUUCAUUGUGCCUUUUUUAUGUAUGUGUGUGUUUCUGUGAGUGUGAGUGAGGAUGUGAGAGGGACUGAACAAGGAGAGGUGAUUGGACAGAACUCCUUGAGGUUCCAUUUUGAGGCGAGGACUACUUUACACUGAGGGUGAUUGUUAGUGAAUGUGAGGAGGGAGACACCUGUCGGGGUUUAGUGUGUAUUUCAGUUGUUUAAAGAUAUUCUGAAUGUACAUAAAAACAAGUGGAAGCUCUCGUUGCGUGAUGCCACAGAGUCUGUGUAUAUAGGAGGGCUCUGCAAUAGAUUACUUGUGGUUUUUGGUACUUUUGUCUUUGAGGGUAAGGGUUAGGGGUUUACCGGAUAUUUUCGUUCAAGAGUUACAAAAAAAUAAUAUUUGCACACUAUAUUUUGAUUGUUUUUUGUACCAAAGACACAUGCAACGAAAAAAACGGCGACCAGCCAGUUAAAGUAAGGUUUUGCACAGCUUACCUGACGCCGUAUUGAAUGUAAGAAAUGUGGGAGGGUCAGGGAACUUCAUAGAACUGUGAAAUUAGUUUGGGUCCAAUUCUGUACAGAAAAGGAACAUUCAUUAUUAUUACUUUUUAUUUUUAUCUAAAAUUUUACCCCAUCUGUGGGGUUCUCCAGUUAAUUAGUUGCCUAUGAAGCACUUCAUUCCCGAACUGAUUCCUCUAUCCACAUGCUAAUUGUGUUAACGCUCUUAUUUAGGACAAAAAACAAGAGCACUAGUAGAUAAGCUAUGUUACUUCUUUUUUUUUUUUUUUUGCUUGUUUGUCAAAGUGUCAUCAACAGUAACCAAAAUGUUUUGUUCCUGUGUAGAAGGCUGUACGUAGACGAGGUCUAGUUCAUCCACAAAAUAUUAACUGAAUUGUCUUUUUAAGUACUGUAUAUACGAAAAACAUCAAUGAUAUAUCUCUAUCAAAGGUGAAAUGCCACUUUUCAAGAUUCAUUUUAAGCAUGAAACAUUUCUAUAGCUUCUCCUUGCAUUCAGAAAAUUAGAGGAAAAAUAGGAAAACCAAAAAAAAAAAAAAAAAAGGUUCUUGUUAUAUUUUUGUAUUAUAGCUGCCUGCUCGCUUUUCCUGAUGGUUUGGAAGUAUUUGCUGGUCGGAUUCUCCAAAUGGAGGGAAGGAGUUUUGGGUUACAGAGAAUUUAUUCCAGACAAAAUGCAACACAGUCGAAUGUCUAAAGUCGAGUCUAUAAGAGAAUGAGAACAGGCCGUCUUUAGCACAGAUAGGGACGUGGAGAUGAGAGGGCUGAUGAGGAACCAGCCGCGGUGUUGUCAUAGACGCUGUAAGAAAGCCAAAGCCACUCGAUUCCGUCGUAGGCUGAUCUAGAUUCAGCACUAUGCGUUGCCUUUUUUUGGUCCUCCCGGUUUUCACACAUAUUCCUUCUUUAACCGUGAAGCGGGUUGAAUUCUGCAUUUCCUGGGAUUGGCAUCACUUCCUCAGAGGUUCCCCUGCUCAUCUUAAUCUGCCUGGUCCACAGCAAUUGUUGCUCACUAAAAACACACAGCGUUACAAAGUUCGGGCCACCAACUGGCAGCGUGUCCGACCUUUAACGAUGCAUGUUGCCUGUGUAUGCGUCCCUCUCUGCUGCCUGCUCCGAGGGAACUCUGCCAUUCCCAGGAAUUUCAGAAUUCGGCCUGAAUUCACGCAUUUAGUGGGCAAAUGUAAUAAAAAAUACUUUAUUGAUGCUGAAUUCAGGUUAGUGUGAAGUGCUCCUUCGCAUAAUGAUGAUGGUGAUGCAGAGCUGUGGUCUUUGUGUACCAUGUGAUUGAAUAACGGCGAGUGCUACAUACAGUAUAUAAAGUAUAUAUUUUUACUGUUUUCCAUUUUGUCUAAAAAGGGAGAAAUGGUGCUUUUUUCUGAAAGGAGAACAACGAGUAUCCAUGAUUCUUAUUUGACUUCUUUAGUCUAGUUGUAGCCUAAUGACUUGCUCUCCCCUGCCGUCCAUAGCUAUUUUCCUAGUAGUGAUUCGUUUUUGUAAAUACACUAUAAGUUAAUAUGUAUCUUAUAAAUGUUAGAUAUAUGUAUAGAAUACUAUAUCUUCUAUGUUUGAAAACAAAAGCACUUUGUCCAAAAAGAGAAAAAAAAAAGAAAAAAAAGAAGCAUUUUUUUUCUUCCAUUUGCUGCUAAAAGGCCUGGUGUGAAUGCUGCAAGUGUACUUGAUGACUACUUGCUCGGAUUGGUCUAUUACCUGAAGCGGCUAGGUCUAUAAACUAGCGAGAAGAAGGUGUAGAGUCGUAUGUCCUGACGAGGGUUGGAUCUACGUGUUUCUGGAGUGUCGUAGUGAUGCCAGGUGAUACGUGAGAGCGAAUCAUUGCUACAGGCAUUGAGAGACGAUAGAUCUAUAUCCUGGUCAGAGACGGUGUGGACAGUGUGUGUUUGUGGUCUUAAAAAAAAAUUAGGGUUUUGAUUCCAGGGCCCCUACAUUGAUCCUGAUGCUGAGCCCCUUGGCGUCAUGAUCCAUUUGCCUUCAGUAGAGGUUUCCUAUGGAAAAACUGAUUCUGCUUUGGCUUCCUCUUCAGGGUGAUGUACAGUGUAGACACAUUUCUCCAGAGAGCUAUAUUGUUAUCAUUUGUAAACUGAUUUCUACUUGUGACUUAAUGAGGAGGGGGUUUUAGCCUGGGACGGCCAGGAAGAGCUCGUUUGAAAAGAUCUUCCUGGCCGCCUUGGGGGAAGUUACUAUAUCACUGUACUGUAUGGCAAGCCAAUUACAAAUGAAGACUCAAUCCGGACACUUAUUGCCUUCUUAAAUAACUUCACAAACAAAAACAAUAACACGGCAGACAAUUCAGCGUCCCAGGGUGUGCGCCUGAGGUUUAUGAUAUUGUUCUACCAAUAUACGGACAACAACAACAACAACAACAACGACGACAACAACAAAUCCAUUCAGCCUGAUUCGCUCAAAACAACCUUGAUUGAAGUAGCAGACGUGGCAGAACGUGCCUGAAAAACGGCUUCAAAAGCUUGAGCUCAUUGUGCCGAGUCAUUUCCUUUGGGACAGCAUUUGACGCCUCUUUUUUUCAGCCGCGGUUUUGCCCCGGUCUGGUCGCGGGUCAGCAGCGGUCAAAGGGUCCGCUGGCUGACGGCCGGCGGAGAAAUGCGUCGCGUGUGUUUUGCUGCCGAUCACGAGGCUGGUUCAAGAGAGAGUCCUCACAGGUUUUUACAUUUAGCAUGAGAGGCGCAAGCUGUGCAACUUUACAUUCAAACCAGGAGACUCUGUGGCAUUUUUAAACCGUCAAGGAAAUGAGUGAAAAUCCACGCCAGUAAAACUAUUCCUUAUUCUUUUUUCUUUUUUUUGAUUUCUGAUAAAUCCUAUUCAGUCAACUAUUAAGCUAAUAGAGUGUGUAACAUUGUGCUACUCUUGUCCAAUACAAGCUAAGUGGAUCCAUAAAGCUCUUCUUCAGCAAAUCAGGGUAAUAUCGUUCUUCUAUCUGACAUACUGUAUGUGACGACAUAGAAAAUCAAAAGAAAAUAUAUUUAUAUUCCAGUUAUUGUCGCCAUUCUUUACUCUGUACAAAAUAUUGUACGUGUGUGUGUGUGCGUGUUAUGAAUUGUCAAUGUCAAUCACUAUGGUGCAAUGAUCUCUACACAAAGUUUAAAAAAAGAAAAGAAAAAAAAACCGGCCAACGGAUUUGUCACGAGAAUUAAAACACAUUCUCUGUUCUUCUCCAAAUCGGUAUUGAAACAAACAUUUUCCUCCCACAGUUCUUUGGACUCUCGGCUGAGACGCAGCUGGUGUAGUCUCUCACGUGGUGCUGAUUUGUUUUGGGGGUUUUUUUUGUGUUUGGUUUUUUUUCUAUCAAAAAUUCACGAGUGAAAUUAGCACCUGUCACAAAAACGCUGAUUAUUGUCAUCAGACCAGACAAACUCUCUCAAUCACUUUCAUUGAUUCUGUCAGUUAAUGACAUGUUGGAUCAAUCAGAGGCAGAUUCACAGACUGAUGCUUUCUGUAUUAUUGACUUGUAUGAUCAUUACUGUUCAUUGUACCAUUCUUUCUUUUGUAAAAGCCAGACUCCUGGAUUUGAUGUCACUGCACAGAUACAAUGAAGGGUCUUUAUUCCAUUCGAUGACCAUACUCAUAACUGCCGAAAUAAUUCAGUAUAUAUCUGUAGUCUGUUGCUUUAGGACAUUACUUUUAUCACCUAAAAUGUUAACUUCCAACCUCAAGAGGAAAAAUUUGGUUUUGUUGGUUUUAUGCAGUGUUUUAGAUUGUAUACAUUCAAUUAGUUCAUUCAAAUAAAAGUGACAAAAGAUUAAAAUCAUUAUACAUUAUGGUUUUUGGAGUCCACUUUAGCACCUUUUAGCCCAUUUGCUUUAGUUUAAUGGCAGAAAAUAAACGUUAGCGGCUGUUUACAGUGGAAAAAAGUUCUGAUAAUGUUUACUCAUAUGUUUACCUGUAAAUUUUGCGUUGUGCUCUCUCUACAAAUUCUAUAUCUGUAAUAUCACUUUUACCAAAUAUUCUUCGUAAGCUGGGUUUUUGGGGGACAAAACCAUCGUAAUAAAUGACCUCAUUACUGGCUGUACUGUCAAAUCUCAGAGUCUGGCUUCAACUUUUAUUUUUCUCCGAGACAUUUCAAAUCCUAUUCAAAGACGUUUGUUGCCCUAAAACAACAACAACAACAACAACAACAACAAAAGCUAAUUAGAUGCAUAAACAGAAGUGUACUCUGUGACAAAAGAUGCAUUUGGAAUGGUUUUAUUUAUUUUAAUGUUUUUAAUGCCAAGUCCCUGCACAGAACUAAGAGAAUCUGGUGAUGUUUGCCGUUCUUGCAGAUGGAUGAAUAUUUUGGCCAACAUUCAUCGUCACAAGGUUGUUGUUGCAUGACUUUUUGGGCUCACUGUACUCUCAGUCGAAUGAUUUCAAACCUGCUGCUAUUGAAUUGAGCACAAAGAGACUUUAGAUUUUGGUUUUGGGUGUCCAUGACAUUAUUAUAGUGUGUUAUUAUUGUUAUUAUUAUCAUUAUUACCACCACACACACCCAGUUUUUUUUUUUUUUAUACCCCUUUCCGCACUUUUUCUUUCCUUCGACAGUCAAAAGACCAACAGCGUUUCUCACCUUGCACUUGGUUGUACAAUGGAGAAAAAAAAAAAAAGGAUAUUUCGAAUAUGAUGCCUGCUGAACCAGGUGCCUUAAUCAAAUAUAUGAGAACACAAAUCUGCACAUUCUGACAGUCUGGAGAGGGUUUCCCGACAGAAACAAGGGGGCUGGGUUUCCCAAAACCUGAACUUGAAAUAGAACAAACAAAAAAAGAAAGAGAAUUGAAUUCCAAAUCAAUAAGAUUUCUGUAAUAAUCAGGUUUUAACAGCAAAUGAGUGGAGUUUUACUAAGAAGAAAAAAAAAGAAGCGUAAAUGACAAUGUGUGAACUAAAUUGUUUUGGGAAACCUGGUUCUGUUUUAAACUCUUUCUCUGCCCACUACGCCACGUUCUUGUGUUUUCUGUUUUGGCUGCUGCUGCUAUCACCGCUGGUGUUUCGAUGUGGACAAGAGCAAACUUCCGCUGUGUCUGAGGCAGAGGGAGACUCGGGCCUGCUUUUUUUAAAAAAAAAAACCGACUCACUUACAUACAAAGCGUUCUUAUUGUUCUCCUUGGGUUUCGCGACGUGCGGCACUGUGCUGUAGCCUCUCAAGACCUCUUUCGAGUAAGAUUUCAAAAAGAAAAAAAAAAAGAAGAAGAAGAGAAAACACACACGACAGAACUUUCAGUUCCUUAACUUUGCUAUUUAUGAAGUGCCAGAACCUCCUCGAAGUCAGUGUUGGCACUGAGUCGCAGGUCGCGAAUGAAGCGACAAACUGAGCAGGAGGUAAACUGUGGUGCUAAUCUGUCAGUGGCUGGGUGCUAACAUGGCUGCGUUUAAAAAGCUGUAUUAGCCAUAUAUUAUUCCUUCUGUUGAUGACUCUGGUCAGUCUCGUGUGUCUGACUGCUGCACUGCUGUACGCUGACAUAGCGAGGUAUAAUUCUGCUGCUGCUUUGCCGAUUAAUGUAGUCUUAUUGUUGUCAGGAUCCAGAAAGAUCAUGAAUGUUGUAUCUUUAUACGGCCGCUGUCCUUCUUUUAUGUUUAAAACUUUUUUUUUUUAAAUAUUGAGUUUAUAGUUUGAUAUUUAUGCUCUGAGUCUCAAAUGUUGCUUUGUUUUCCUAAAUUAUAUUUUAUCGCCCCCCUUUUUUUUUACCCUGAUCCUCGUGUUCAUUCCAUUUGUUUUGAUAUUUAUUUGUUUGUCCUGUAAAUUCAGACUCUCUUUGUUUUAACGAGACUUUAUAGCUUUUCCGCUGAAGCGGGCUUUGUCCUGAGUCAGCGACUUCACAACGUGAGAUUCACAGACACAGAUCAGAGUCACAGUGAAACACACGUGUCAUUAUAAUCACAUAACUGCUAAAUGUGUUGUCUUAAAGUUUUAUAACAUGUUAUUAGAUGUACACAGAUUUUUAACUAACUGUUUCCAGUGACAGGGAAAAAAAAUCUAUAGAUCAGGUUAAGAAAUUGUGAAUUGACAGAAAUACAUUUAAUGUAGAAAUUUGUCAAUUAAUUCAGUUUACAGCUGCAGAUUUUACUCCAGUAAACAAAAUGUUGAUCAUUUUAGUCAUUUUAAAGCUAAUGCCAUUUCCUCUUUCAAUCAACUUCAUAUUACUUAUUAUUAUGUCACUGUAUUCUGAUAUUUUUGUACGCAAAAUUAAGUAAUUUAUCAGCUGGAAAAAUGGACGGCAGAUUACAUAAGCUAUAUCUAAUUAGCCAUGUUAGCAUAACAGCUGUUGACUCGUCAAAAGUUAAGCAUCAAUUUUGAAAUCGUUUUUUUUAUAACUAUUACUGUGAUUUAUUUGCUCCUUCAAACGUUAACAUGGAUCAUUUUAGAAUCCCUAAAAUAACAUUUAAUUGAUUGUGAGAAAAAAAACAAACUAUGCAUGUAUUAUCAUGAUGAUUUUUAUAGCUUUCCUUGCUGUUGCCAAUAGCCAGUUCCAGACUGGAAACUCUUAAUUUAUUGAAUUGUUACGGACAUGAAAGUCCAUAAACACAGAGGUCAAGUGCCGAACACUUCAAUGCACAGUUAUUUUGCACUUUAAAAUUAGCCAACUAAUGUAAGAUUAACAGAAUUAUCUGAGGACAAAAACUUAAUCAGAGUUAUUUGGAAAAGUGAUGCCACUUUAUUUUCUCUAUGUCCAAAAGAAGCCAGAGGUUCACAUUUCUUUGAAGUUUCAUUGUGACUUUGAGUAAUUGUUGUCUGUGAAGCCCAUGGAGUGUGUUAUUUGAGGUUCGAUGUGAUCAGAAGGGAGAGUUAAUCCCUAAACCAGGCUCAGCAAACAGAAUCUAACCUCGACAUACAUUUUUAAAGUCAUGACUCUCCGCAGCCUUAGAGCUCAGGUCAGGAUUGCCUGCGCUCUCUAACUUAAGUUUGGGGAAAUUUGACAAAAAAACAGACAAAUUGAUAAUGAGCGUUCGAUCAUGUUUUCUGGGAAAACUUCACCGCUGCACCAGAGAGGUUUCGCUCCUUCUGAGUGUUUGUUUUUCCUUCAGAAGGGCUUUGGUCCGCAGUCGUCUCGUCAGGGAGCUCCUAAGAUAAGACAGGAGUCACUAAAGGCUGGUGGGCAGAGACUCUUCACCCUCCUCUGCAACGAAUGAUGGGGAGACUUUUGAAUCCUCAUCUGCAGACUAAUCUAUUCAGGCGAAAGACAAAAAAAAACAAACAACAUCCUCGAUAAUAACAAUAAAAACCCCCUCUUUCUAUAUUUACUCACGUGCAACUCAUCAUCCAACACUGCAAUGAUUUAUAUCUCCUUCCAGACUUGCCAAAAUGCAUGACGUGGGAGACCGUUAUCAGAAAUAUGUAACGUGAAACGUGCGUUCCAUUUCUUUUCCUUUUUCACUUUUGAUAACAAUGACAGACAGUGAGACGAUUUUAUAGGAAACCCAACCAUACAAGUCCAAACAUGUAGAGGAUGUGGGAUGUAUCGGUCACUCUGAGCUCCACAGCUACAUGCCAUUGUUAUGAUGCUUCUGGUCUUGUAUGGUAACUUAUAUGACUAGAUCAACAGCAUGGGAUCUUUCUGUAGUUAGUCCUGUGUGUGUUCCUCUCACCAGUCUCAGUAGGAAGGCUGUACUUCAUUGCUAAGUGCUCUAUAAUAGAUCUCUUGGUGAUUAUAAUUUCAUAAAAAAGCGAAACCUGCAGAAAGUGUAUCCUGCUGAAACUAACUUGACCCUCUCUUUAGCAAUGACGUCUAUAUUUGUAGUUCACAUAUAUGCCUGUUCUAUUACAAUAUCUUGACAGUUGUUAUAUUUAUGUUGUGUAAUAAAUGUCGUGCUGGGUUUAUACUUUUGUUUUAACUCACUUUUUUGUUUUGCAUUGUGUUUUUCUUUUCUUUUCUUGGAGGCACAAUGGGUGGCUUUAUGCACAGGCAUGAAAAUGUAAAAAAACGAGACAUUUUUUUUUUUGGUUUGUACUGUAACAGCUCAUUCUGUUUCAGAGCUUCUGACAGUUUUGUCUCUGGCUGCUCCACAUCCUGUAGACACCUGCCCAGAAUCUCUGUUGUGUUAUUGUGCCUCUCUUUCUCUUUUUUUCUUUCUUUUUUUUUUUUUUAAAUAAAAAAAAUUAUUAUUUCUCUGUUGUAUCAGCCAGGAGUUGGUACCACAACUUUGCUUGUAACCACAAUAGUCCGAUUAUGUUUAUUGAUUUUAAUAUCAAAAUAAUAAAAUCCAUUAGCACCCCCA